AUGAAUGAUACUCUAGAAGACAUCAUUCGUCAUAUUGGAGUUGAUGAUUUCAAUAAGACAUCAUUUGUAGAUACUUUACAAAGAGACAUGGAAGAUUCGUUGUAUCAGAGAUGUAAACAUUUUACAAGAUUGUCGGUUGUGUUAAGACUAUUUAAUCUUAAGGUAAGAGGUGGGUGGACGGAUAAAAGUUUCAAUGAAUUGCUUGAAUUGUUGAAACAAAUGUUUCCCGAAUGUAACACGUUGUCGAACCGUACUUAUGAGGCCAAGAAGAUAUUGUGUCCAAUGGGUUUGGACUAUGUCAAAAUACAUGCAUGUCGUAAUGAUUGCCUAUUAUAUAGGAAAGACUUUGAAAACAUGAAGAAGUCGCUGAGGUGCGGGGAGUUACGCUACAAGAAGAACGACAAUGGUGUUGAUGACGAUGAUGGUGUAACUAGCAAGGGUGUUCCCGCAAAGGUUAUGUGGUACCUACCGAUAAUUACAAGGAUCAAGAGAUUGUUUUCUAAUGUUAGUGAUGCAAAAAAUACUAGAUGA